UGCCCGGACAAAGCCAGUUUCGGGAAAAAAGGAGGAAGACAGCAUCUCGCUCUACCCCGCCUCGCCCGCUCUCUUCCCGUCCUACGCCCCAGCUAUAUACCACCCGUCGCGACGAUACGACUCCCCCGCCGCGAACGGCCCCAGACAUCGACGUCGGGGUCGGAAGAAGAGCGCGGGCGUAGACGGGGUCAGGAGGUGAAGGAGGGGGAAGACACCCCGCGAAGUAGGCACCCGAGCUCGGGUAGAAACGAAGACGAAGACCAGGACGCGAGGAGAGGGAGAUGAGAAUUUUCUAACGACUCUUACCUUUACCCCCGACUCUCCCAACCCCCCGGAGCUUAGCGGGCAGGCAGGCAGGCAGACAAGAAGACGAGAGCGGACGGAAACGACGUGUUGUCGCGCGCGGACGCAUUACGGUGGCGGCAGCGGCAGCGGCAGCGGUGAUGACGUUGGUAGGAGUACAAUCUACCUAUAUCCUGUUUUUUCUCUUCUUUUUUUUGGUGACUGAUUUUUUUUCUUGUCGGAGCGAGAUCCUGAAAUUAUACCUAUUGUACAUGAUACACGCGUGGCCGCACAUAAUCGAGGGGCAUCUGUUGCAGUCCGCAUAUGUGUGUGCAUUUGGACUACGUCAGCGGGUAUCAGACCAAUAUGUGCCAGUCUCAUUACAUGGUGCACAAGGGAGAAUAUCGGAUAGCCUCUUCCUGGUCUGAUCUGGACUAGAUUACCCCCGGUAAUAGAAGGUACUAAGCUAUCUUGGAUGAGAAUAAAGCGAUAUGAAAAGUAUCACACCAUUAACAUUAUGGAUACAGUCUGUAGUCCAGCUUCCAAAAAUAAAAUCCUCGAGUUUUAUCA